AUGUCUUUGAAUCAUUCAAAACGUUCAUUACAAUCAUCAUCAAAUUCUGAUACAUCACCUAUAAAAAAGAAAACUAAAAUUGCAUUAAAACGAAGCUUUACACAUUCAUCGUCAUCAUCAUCAAGUGAUGAUCUAGAUAUUCCAGUGUCUUCAACAACUCGUCGAAAUGUUUCUACUUCAAAACAGCAUACAUCAGUACCAUUAUCAAAACCUAUUGAAACAUCUCCAUCAACACCUACACCUACACCACCACCACCACCACAACCAUCAGGUCGUAUUCAAAUUCAACGUUCAUCAUCGUCAUCAUCAGCAUCAUCAGAUGCUUCAAAUGGUAGUGAUGAAAUUGUAACAAAACGUACUAGACAACGACGUAAAAAACCAACUGUUUCAACUGAACGUUCAAAUAUUUUAAAACAAAUGAAACGUAAAACACAAGAAAAGAAAAGUUCACUUACAACAACAACAACAACAACACCACCACCAACUACUACUACAACUAUUACUGAUAAUAAUAAUAAUACUAGUCAUAAUGAUAGUGGAAAUAGUGUAAAUGGUACAAAAAAAUGUUCAUUUCAAUUUAGUGAUGAUGAUGAGGAUGAUGAUAAUACUAAUAAUAAUGAUGAUCAAAAUCAUAAUACAAAAACAACUACUAAUAAUGAUAUUGAUGAUGGUGAAACAACUGAAAGUUAUGAAGUUGAAAAUGAUAAUGAAGAUAAUCAUAAUAAGAAAAAUAGUAAUAUUAAAAAUGAAUAUGAAUAUGAUGAAGAUGAAGAAGAAAAUAGUUCUCCAACAAAACGAAAACAAGGUCAUAAUGGUAGAAAAAAUAUUCGAAAAAUAAUUGAUGAUAAAGAAUUAGAUAUUCAAACUAAACAAGCUGUUGAAAUUGAAUUAGAACGUCGAAAACGUAUUGCAGAAAAACAAAAAGAAUAUAAUGAUAAUUUACUUGAAAAAUCAACAUAUAUAAUAAAUAAAGAAAAUGAACAAAUAAAUAAUUCAAAUCGUCGUUUAAUACUUGAAUUAGAUAAAAUAACAAAUGAACCAUUAAUUGAAGUUUCAUUAAAAUUAGUUCAACAAUUAAAACCACAUCAAUGUGAUGGAAUAAGAUUUUUAUGGAAUAAUGUAUUUGAAUCAAUUGAUGCAAUUGAAAAUAAAAAACAAGGAAAUGGUUGUAUAUUAGCACAUUGUAUGGGUUUAGGAAAAACUUUACAAGUUAUUAGUUUUAUUCAUACAAUUUUUAAUUAUGAUAAAAUAACCAAUGUUCGAACAUGUCUUGUUCUUUGUCCAAUUAAUGCUGGUAAUAUAUUAUUUAUAUAAAGCAUUCUAUCGGAUUAGAUGAUCUAUUUAGAAAUGAGAAAAAAACAAUAUAUCAUGUUGCCGAGGCAUGUCGAAUGAUAUAUAUUGUGCUCUUUGGUAUCAAUCGAAAUUAUUUGUAAAAGCUUUUUCUUGCAUACAGUUUUAUAAAACUUUUGACAAGCUACAAGUUCAUAUACUUGACAUUUUUUAUCAUUCCUAUUUUUGAUAGAAAAAAAUGUAAUUUUUCAAUGAUUUAUCACCGUUUUUCACUAAUGGCAAGUUUCUAUGUGUUCAAUAUUGUAAACCAAACUUUCUCAGAAAUUACUUGCGAUGUAACAUUACAAAACAUACUAUUUGGAAGUUCUCGAAGAUAAGUGCAUGAUAUUCAAAAUAGUCUUGCAUUGAGAAAUUUCAAUCGACUUUCACAUCAAUCUUUCUCUUUCAGUAUUGUAUUUCGACUAUCAACAGUCGAUUCUCGUGUGAAAUAAACAUGUUAUUCGGAAUCAGCAUAACAAACUGCAUUGAAUAACUUAUAUUUUAACUAAAUAUUUUUUCCAUCAAAAUUCGAACUGUACUUUCCUUCACCCAUUGUUUUUUUAAUUUCACCCUGUAGUUCCCCGGGGAUCAAAUUUCGACGG